AUGGCCACGCCGCUCCGGCCCCGCCGGGAGGACCCGGCAGCGCAGCGCUGGGCGGGGGCCGGCGGUCGGGCAGCGGCGCCGCCAGCAGCCGCUACUUCAUGGCCGGGGAGCGGCGGGCGUCCGGCGACGGCCACACACCAUCUGCCUGUGAGAGCUGCGAGGUAUCUGGAUCAAGAGCCGCAGGCAGAACCCCGUGGGAAGGCGCGUGUUAUACUCCACGGCAGGAAGAAGCGCCGAGCUGGGCCAGGACUCGAGAGAAGAGGAGAGAGAAUUGCCAGCGCUUCCCGGCACUCGCCGAUACUCAGGCACCUCGGGUCGCUGCUCGGCUCCAGCCCAGCUCUACCCUCGCGGCGGCCCCCGCUGCGACCCGAAACUAGUCUCGGGGGCGGGUCUGGGUACCGGGGAGCCUUUCUCACCGGCACAGAGAGUUCUCCAAGUUGGGGGCAGAAAGGCCGAAUGAACAAUUUUACCCACAGGGUGAGGGCGCCAGGAGGAGUGCGAAGGUCCUGGGUGUGCCUGUCAGGAAGCCACCGCCAAGCCUGGAUGUCAGACAUUACAGCCUUAGGGAGUUCCAGUCUGUGUGCAGUCCAACCACUGAAGGCUCAAGCUUAGCAUGUACUUAGUGAUGCUAGCCACCCCUACCACUUUGCAUUCACAGGUAAGAAGACUCCUUUCUCCUGGCCUCAGAGCUCCACCUCACCUGAGGUUGGCUGUGCACCCUGGAAGUGUCAUUACAAAACCAGUCCUUAGUGUCCCAGUUUUUCUUUUGUAAAGACUACUUCCAAUUUAAUUGUAAAAUCUCCUUUCCUUCCCUUAUUUCCUCUAGUGCACAAAAGGCUAAGCCAUUGAAAGUUCAAGAGGCUAGAGGAGACCUGCCUGAAUAAAGUUUCUCUUUCUCUUCUCACUAGAAGAAAAAUCGUCUCUGAAAUGAAACCUUAUUAAACUUACAUCCUUUCUGAAUAUGGUAAUCCCUCUGUAUCUAUUAGUUAUUUUAAUUUUAUAUUCAUGAUAGAAUCUUAUUGCAAGAAGUAUCUAGUCAGCUGAUGGGGAUAAAGAGCCCAGUUUCCCCUGGGAAAAAUUCUGGUAGGAAAAAAAAAGAAAAGAAAAAAUUGAGAGAGUUCAUUUACAGGCAGCAGAAUUGGUCUCAGGCAGUGUUAAAAGUAGAUGCAGAUAGACAUUCAUCCAUAAACCUCCCCUUUUCUCAGUUUCCCUUCACAGCAGCCUUGUUCACCUAACACUGCCAAUUCUCCAAGCCAGUCCACCUCACACAAAAGUGUCAGAGUCUUCAGAUGCUGUUGCCUACUAGUUUUUGUCUUGGAAAAGAGUGGCAUUUUGAGCACAAGUAACAGAGUAAAGGAAGCUCCAUGGAGAAUCUUUCUUUCUCGUACUCCUUAUCUUUAGACUAUUCUGGUAGUCA